AUGGUUGCAAUGAAGCAAAGGUAUAUUCGUCGUUUUUUUUUCUUUCAUGUUCUAAAACUGCCUAUUAAAAUUAAUUUUGACCAACAUAUCACAAUCGUUCCAUCUAACCUAUCUAUCUAUCUAUCUAUCUAUCUAUCUAUCUAUCUAUCUAUCUAUCUAUCUGUCUGUCUGUCUGUCUGUCUGUCUGUGGGUCUGCGCAAACCCAACUCCAACUGCAACUUCUCUUCCGGCCUUCUUCUGCCUGUUGGCCUGCAACUCUUCUGCCUUCCGGCCUGCAACUCUUCAGGGUUGCAACGUUCUCUUUCUCUAGGCGCAACUGCAAGUUUCUUCUUCUUCGUCCGAGGCGCAAACCCAACUCUUCAACUGCAACUUCUCUCUCGCCGUCCGCCCUGCAACUCUUCUGCCUGUCCGCCCUGCAGCUCUUCUGCCUGUCCGCCCUGCAACUUUUUCUUCUUUCUUCCGGCUGCAACUCCAACUUCUCUGCCUAAACAGCUUCGAUUGUUACUAGCUUCUUCUUCUUCUUCUUCUUUUUCUUCUUCUUCUUUUUCUUCUUCUUCUUCUUCUUCUUCUUCUUCUUCUUCUAUGUCCCUUGUCCAUUCAGCCCGUGUCUGCUUUGCCAUUCGUGCUCACUAG